AUUGGAGCAUAAACAAGAAGAGAAGACUGGGAUUAGGAUGCCGCUGCCGCCUGCUUGUGUGUGACGGUGGGCUGCCUUGUUGAGCGCUCGCAUGCCGCCGCCUCCUCUCCAACUCCCUCCCAUAUUCUCUUUUGCGCACUCUAUCUUCCCCUUGCUCUUGAUCUGUCACUAGUUCUCUCUCUCUCUUUCUCUCUCCCUCUCACUGUUCUAGUCGGGCUACUGCAGUCGUCCACCAGCCAGCCAGCCAGCCGCACACAUGGCCAACUAACACAACUUCCUACCUCAGCCAGCCUCAGCGGAGGAAAACUAUCAACUAAGCAAGACGACCACAGGAGACACGCUAAAAGAAGGACCAGCGUGUGCUUGGACGACUCCUCGAUCGCCAUUUACGGAUACGGAGCCGACUUUGUCACACAUCCAUCCUCUCUCUUUUUUUUUUCUCUUGAGGACAAGAGCGCUUCCCUCUCGCUUUCUCGCUCACUCUUCAACAGCCUUUUGCCAAGCACCGGCAGUGCAGUGCAUCCCUAUUCUACAACCGACACAACACCACCUCCACCCCCCUUGCACCACCACCACCACCACUACCAUCUCUCCCACCACCAACACCACCACCUCCCUAAGGAGGAAUAGACGGAUUACUGCUAACUGUGCACACGGCAGCCUGCAGCUGCUCUGACCGGGCCAGCCCGAUGCUGGGAGGAGGCACGAGAAGCGCAGAGGAAAAGAAGAGGAACAGAGGAGGAGGAUGAGGGGGAUGAUUGUGCCCGGAGUUCUUUAGCCUUUUUCUGUCUCUCAGUCUCGGUCACAACAGGGCUAAUCGCCAGCCUCGGAGCCCUUGGCAAAGUCACACUGAGGGAGGUCUUGCCACCAAACAAGGUGACCAUCAUGGAUCGGGAGAUGGCCAGCCAGUGAUUUUUUUUUUAAAUUUGAUUUUUUACUUUUACUCCCCUCCUCCAACCCAGUGAAAUUGACCAUACAUCAAUUUUACAUCUGAGAGUCUUGGGCCUGGUAGGGUGAUCUGGGACAACAGAGAUCCUCAUACCUGGCAAGCCUUUUUGGCCUUACCUGUAACCCAAUAGUCCUCAGUCCUCAAGACCAGGAGCCAUUUUGUACCAUCAGCCAAUCAAAGGCCACAUCAUUCAAUCUGAGUGGCAAAGUAAGACAAGUAAAUCCUGCUACACUGACCCAUGGACGAACAUUAUAAAUCAACGAGACGAAAACGAUUCCCAUACUAAUGAGCGUCUUCCUACACUGUCGAUGGAACUCGGGAGCCUCAAGUUGCUCCAGCCAGGCUAGGGUGAUACAUCCUCUGGUGUGUGCCAUCUCACCCCACCAUGCAGAAUAAUGUGCCCUCCACAUCAUGAGUCCUUUGGGCCAGGUUAGUGUGCAGCCUACCUGGAACACAGCCCUGCUUGCCGUGCUCUCCCUCAUGGUACCUGCCCUCGGUAUGUGCCAGUCCAGCAGCCCAACACUGGGCUCAGCCGGCUCGCAGAACUGUCCAGGCAUGUGCUCCUGCACCAACCAGCUCAGCAAGGUGGUGUGUACCCGCAGAAGUCUGAUUCGGGUUCCUCCGGACAUCCCAGCCAACACCAGGUUCCUUAACCUGAUGGAAAAUAGCAUAGAGAUCAUACAGGCUGACACCUUCAGGCACCUGCAUCACCUGGAGGUGCUGCAGUUGGGCAGGAAUGCUAUCAGACAGAUUGAAGUGGGGGCCUUCAAUGGCCUGACAAGUCUUAACACUUUGGAGCUGUUUGACAAUAGGCUUACUGUCAUACCCAGUGGAGCUUUUGAGUACUUGUCAAAGCUAAGAGAAUUGUGGCUGAGGAACAAUCCCAUCGAGAGCAUCCCGUCUUACGCUUUCAAUCGCGUCCCCUCUCUAAUGAGACUCGAUCUCGGAGAGCUGAGAAAGUUGGAGUUCAUCUCCGACGGGGCAUUUGAGGGUCUCCAUAACCUCAAGUACCUCAAUUUGGGCAUUUGCAACCUAAGGGAGUUCCCCAAUCUCUCGCCCCUCGUGGGUUUGGAGGAGCUUGAAAUAUCAGAGAACGUUUUCCCUGAACUUAAACCCGUCGCCUUCCACGGGCUCAAGAAUUUACGCAAACUGUGGAUUAUGAACUCCGCCAUCACCUCCAUUGAGAGGAAUGCAUUUGAUGACAUCACAGCUUUGGUGGAGUUGAACUUGGCUCAUAAUAAUCUGUCAUCUCUCCCCCAUAACCUCUUCACCCCCCUUCAGUAUUUAGUGGAGCUACAUCUGCACCACAACCCCUGGAAAUGUGACUGUGACGUAGUGUGGCUCUCCUGGUGGCUCAGAGAGUACAUUCCCACCAAUUCCACCUGCUGUGGACGCUGCCAUAUCCCUGGCCACAUGAAAGGGAGAUACCUGGUGGAGGUGGACCAGACCACGUUUCAAUGCUCGGCACCAUUCAUACUUGACGCUCCGAGAGAUUUGAACAUCUCAGCGGCAAGGGUGGCAGAACUCAAGUGUCGCACAGCUGCCAUGAGCUCUGUAAGAUGGCUUCUCCCCAGCGGGACAGUACUGACACAUGGUUCGGUUCACCCACGGAUAUCUGUGCUUAAUGACGGAACACUAAACUUUUCCAAUGUUCUGCCAUCAGACACGGGCGUCUACACUUGCAUGGUGAGCAACAUGGCCGGGAAUUCAAACGCCUCGGCUUACCUAAAUGUCACUAAUGCCGAACUCAAUACAUCAAACCUAUCCUAUUUUACUACUGUAACCGUGGAGGUAUUGGAGCCAACUGUGGAUGAAACCCCCAAACCUAAGCCAACUUCCCCUGCCUCGCCCUCUGUCUUCAAACCUGUGUUCAUCUCCACCCCUACCGUGCUGUUCCAAAACACGCAAACCCCAAGGCAGGUGUCAAUCCCUACUGCCAGAAUCCCCAGCGGGCCUGCUGCUAGCCUGGAUGAGAUCAUGAAAACCACAAAAAUUAUCAUUGGCUGUUUUGUUGCUGUGACCUUGUUGGCAGCGGCCAUGUUAAUAGCAUUCUAUAAGUUACGUAAGCGGCAUCAACAGAGGAGCACAGUGGCCGCGGCCAGGACCAUAGAGAUCAUCCAAAUGGAGGAGGAAGUUCCUCCCGUACCGCCCUCUUCUGGAUCUAGUGGCUCAGAGGAGACGGGGUUGGUAUUGCCUACCUUAGUGGAACACAACAGCAACACAUUUAAGCCUGGUUUUGUGUCAUCCUCUCGCCAUGGGGCUUACGCAGCCCAUUGGACCCAGAACAACACUCUACAUCGUUCAGCCAGACAGCAUCACAGCCACAUCAGCACCAUAGCGGAUCCUUAUAUCAUUAAGACUACUCAUGGGAAAGAGAAGGUUCAAGAGACCCAAAUCUGAAUAAUGUUCCUCCUGGGAUUUGUCUCUGACUCUGCACUAACCUCCUGUCCAUGUCGUUGAACGCACAAAGAAAAAAAAACAUGGUAUCUUUCUUUUGUACAGAAGUGCAAGGCAGAGAUACUUCUAAUUUCUUGUACAUGCCUAUACAUAAGUAUAUCACUGAAAAGAAAACAAAUCUAUAUAUCUAUAUAAGUACAUGAGACUAUCAGAACGUGGUAAGACAUGCAGAUUCUAUUCGAAAAAAAAAGAAAUUUGACACUUUUUUCUAAUCACAGGUGACCUCUAUUCAAAGACUGAUUUUAGUGAAUGAGAGUGAGAAAAGGAAAUUUUUGGACCAUAAUUAGGAUGCAGUAAAAAAAUGACUAUUUAUGGUUUCUGAUCGCAUUUUUGUAAGGAUAGUGAUGUGAUGGCACAGAUCCAGCGUGUGCUGUUCAGUAGCCAAGAGACAAAUGCUUUUGGACUGCAGUACAUUUUGUGCAGCUCCGAUUUUAACCCUGUGUUUGAUGAUGUCAUACUGUGAGUGUUUUUUUUUUUAAUCUAAACACAUCAAAUGAUAAUGACGCACAGACUAGCAGUUGUUACAUAUACUUUGUUCUGUUUCUGGGUUCCAUUCUGUUGUGUUUCUCUCCCUUUUACGUUUUGCUUUUUAAUAGCUUGUGUAGUGUUUAGGGCUAAUUUAGUAAUGCAUUACAGCAGUUGCCUGACUUGUCUCUGCAAGGGCUCAUUCUGAUGCUAAUUCUUCAGCGGAACUGACAUGUGGUGCGGUACAGGGCUUUGCGGACCAUUUUGGUUUGGGAAAGGGGGGGAAAAAGGAUUGACAUUAAACACAAUGAAUGUCUGUCUGAUAUACCGAGCUUUUUCCAUUGCCUACAUCGACUUUGUUUUACCUGUUUAUUUUGAGGAACACUAUUUUUAUGGAGAGACAAACAGAGGCUAUGAAAAAAAUAAAAUAAAACCUUCUGGUUUGUAUUUCUUUUAACUGAAACACAUUCAUCCCCUGUCUUUUGUGUGUGAUUUGUUUAAUCGAGGGGAAAAAAAAGCGGGGCCCAAAUUGUAGAACUAACCCCAAACCUCCCAUUUUACGCUCCUAUGCAUUUACUUGGUGUCUCCAUGAAUGGGUCUUUAAGUAACGGGUGUACAAUGCUGCAUUAUACCCCACAGUGGGGCUCUAUGCAGGUCAGAUAGGCUAUUGGUCUUUGAUUCUUCCACUUCUUCAAACAUUGAUCGUUUUUCACUGACUGAGCAGAAAAAAAUACAUGUAUUCCACAGUUGUACCUUUUGUGGGUUUCUUUUCCUUACAUCUGCAAGUUCCAAUGUAUAAUUUAAUGUCUUUUCAGCAAAAUCUUUUGAGUUAGCAUCUGAUUUCAAGAAUGUCAAGCUUGAUCUUGACCUUACAAUGGAGAGUAGACAAUGUUAUUAUUAUUAUUAUUAUUAUUAUUAUUAUUAUUGUUUUUAUUAUUGUUAUUUGAACGUCUGGUUCAUUUGUAUAACUUAGAAAACCUUUGACCUUACUCUCCAAAUCGAUUUACAUAACAUACCUACUGCAGAGAGUAAACAAAAUCUAAAUCAAACUCUGCAGAAAGCUCAUCAUUUAUAAAAUGUUGCACAUGCACAAAAUAAAUAAAUGAAUAAAAUCAUCCAGCUGAGGCUAUUUGCAGAAAUUAAAGUCCAAGCCCUGUGAUUAUUAUACAGCAUGGUGAGUUGGCAGGAACAGCAAGGCUCGAUUCAACAGCUCCACAGGCUGGCGGUUGUGUCGCUAAUCACAAAGGUUAGCCAUCGUUAAUAUUUUUGGAGGAAAGCUAUAUUCCCAUUUUGUGCCUUGACCUCGCUCGCAAUCAACAUGGUCUGAUGAGAUUUUAAUGAGGGUUUAAAACACAAACAAGAAAAAUAUUGUUUUUGUUAAUGCAGCUUUUUUUUUGUGACGUGUAUUUGUUGAGAGUGAUGUUCUUGAAAAACCUGGUGAAAUCAAAAAAUGGCAAACAGGUGCUUGUGCUCUGGACAAAGUGUUAUUUUCCACCAAAAUAUUGCUUAUUGUGACAUGGAUUCAUAGCACAUAGUGUCAUUUUUAGAAAAUUAAUCCAGGAAAAAAAUAUUAAUUCAAGUAUUUCCAAAGCAUGUUACUUUUGUAUAGCAUUCUUUUUCUACAAAAUUAACAAUGGAAUUAAUUAAUUGGAAAAAAAACCAGUUCGGGUACUAAAAACCUACCAAGAUUUUGUAUUUAAUUCAGCACAUUCUUUCAGUGCAAGAUCCAACUAAAUUCUCAAGGGAACAGGCGCUAUUAAUAGGCGUGACCAUACAUCUGGUUCAGCAAAAUCAGGUACAGUAAUGAUGUAACAGUCUUGUGAAUGAAUGGGAACAGGUUAUGUCAGGCUGACACACGCGUUGUUAGAUAAGUGUUUUUAGGAAGCACAGCAGGUCGUGUCAAAGCACAAGUGGGCCUGUCUGUGAAAAUAUGAGAGGAAAAACACCUGAUAUGAUUUAUCUUGCGCAAUUCAGCCUCACAUUUUCAAUUAAGUACAUUGAAAUCAUCAAAAGUGAAAAUACAGUGGUGCCUUGAGAUUAGAGUUUUCUUCAAUCAUUAAUCAAAACCUUGAAUCAUAGGUUCGAGAAAUAAAUGGAAAUGGAAAAUCCAUUUCAGUCUCGCCAAAAUACAAAAGCAACGUAUUUUGAUUUAAAAUGUCUUUAUUUCUUGUCUACCACAUGAUUUUGUUUUUCAGUUUGACCUAUUGCUCAAUAUAUUCCAUUACAUUAUUAUGAUUAUUAUCAAUUUGAAAACCUGAUGUGCUUGAGAUUAAACUAAGGCAGAUUUGGAACGCAAAAAAGAAAAUCGACGUGUUUACCCGUGUCCCUGAUUAAAAAAAAGAAGUCAAACUUUGUUGGCCAGUGUAAUUGAAUGAAUGUAAAGAAUUGAACCGUUUGUAAAUCAUGAUUAAUGGCAGCUCCUUUUGGCGUGCAUGACUUGGACACCAGGUCUGAGUGUAGUUCAAUCAUAGAGACACAAACGAAGAAGAGUUUCACAACUACUGUAAGUUACUUAGUGAGCUACAGUAAUAGUAGUUGAUUUUCACAGAGCAUAAAUAUCUCUGUGAGUUUUGUUAGAUUGUCUGUCUACAUGUAUUGAUGCACCGUUUGUUUUCAGAUGUCCAUUGCUUAAAGCAUUACAAUACCGCUACGUGGAUGUUAUUCAUUAACCCAUUUGUGGUAUUUCAGAUCGCUUGUUAGCAUGAAGGCAAGGAGUUUUUCCUAAGGAUAAAUGAUGUAGUUGUUUAAACCGUGUAAUUCUCUUUGUUUUAUGUUUAGUUUGACAGUAAACUUCCAACUGAUAGAAACAUUAAAAA